ACCCAUUGAUAAAUACAAAACAAACUUCCAAUUCUGGAGAUUCCUGAUGCUUAUUAGGCCUCUCCGUGUCCCGGUCAAAUCUAAUCUAACCCUAUUUCCUCUUUAUUUUCUCACUCAUCUCUUUUACUUUCGAUUUCCCUUUUGUCUGCACUUAUAUCCAGGGAGAUUUUGACCGUUAAAGAAAAGGAAGUUAUUCCCUCGAUUUCUCUUCAACUCCGACUAGGGCUUUUGCUCACUCUUCAAUUUGGUCCUGUCGUGUGCUCUAAACCCAGAACUGUCAUGCUCUUUCUUCAAUUGGGUUUUCGAUAGAAAGCAAUAGAAGUGUUAUUUUCGAUCUUUUUUUUGCCGGUUCACCCUUCUAUAGCUUUUACUUCUGGUUCUUUAAUUUAAGUGUUUACUUGCUCAAAACACUCUAAAUUGCAUAUCCUUUGAGUUUGUCCACGAAUCAGCUUCAAAAGCCUUUUCUUUUGUGGGUUUUAGUUCUUCGGUGUUUGUGGGUUCUUACUGUUACGGUAUAUAGAUUUUAGAUCAAAUUUGAAGAGCCUUUUGGUGAUGUCUCAAGAAACUAGUGGUUUUCCUUACUUUGUUUAUUUAAAUUGGUGUAGUUCUCAUUAAUCGAUCGAGGGCCUUUUUGGUGCAGAAAGCUAUUGAAUUUAACUGCCUUAUAGUGGGUUUUAAAGUAACAUAGUGAAGUAAAGGGACCCGUUUUGGGUUGGGGAAGCAAUUGAAGCAAAUAUGAUUGCAGAGAAACCCAGUUGGAUUCGGCACGAGGGAAUGCAGAUUUUCUCCAUCGACAUUCAGCCUGGUGGGCUUAGGUUUGCAACUGGUGGAGGUGACCAUAAGGUUCGAAUAUGGAAUAUGAAUUCUGUUGGCAAGGAGCUAGAAAAUAGUGAUUCCUCGCAAAGGCUUCUUGCAACCCUUCGUGAUCACUUUGGAUCUGUCAACUGUGUUAGAUGGGCUAAGCAUGGUAGAUAUGUUGCGUCUGGAUCUGAUGAUCAGGCAAUUUUAAUUCACGAGAGGAAGCCUGGUUCAGGAACUACUGAGUUUGGCAGUGGAGAGGCCCCCGAUAUUGAAAAUUGGAAAGUUGCAAUGACUCUAAGAGGACAUACUGCAGAUGUGGUGGAUCUUAAUUGGUCUCCAGAUGACGCAAUAUUAGCUAGUGGGAGUUUGGAUAAUACCGUACACAUCUGGAAUAUGAGCAAUGGCAUCUGCACUGCAGUUCUGAGGGGUCACUCUAGCCUGGUUAAAGGAGUUACUUGGGAUCCCAUUGGCUCCUUUAUAGCGAGUCAAUCUGACGAUAAGACAGUCAUUAUAUGGCGAACAAGUGACUGGAGUCUUGCUCACAGGACAGAUGGGCACUGGGCAAAAUCACUUGGAUCCACAUUUUUUAGGCGGCUUGGAUGGUCCCCAUGUGGUCAUUUUAUAACUACCACCCAUGGUUUUCAGAAGCCAAGGCACUCUGCCCCUGUUCUGGAGAGGGGGGAAUGGGCAGCGACAUUUGACUUCUUAGGGCACAAUGCCCCAGUUAUUGUGGUGAAGUUCAAUCAUUCAAUGUUUAGAAGAAAUUCUGCUAGUGCUCCAGAAGCAAAAGUUGCUCCUGUUGGGUGGGCUAAUGGGUCUUCCAAGCUUGGAGGGAAAGAAUCACAGCCAUACAAUGUUAUUGCUAUUGGGAGUCAGGAUCGCACGAUAACCGUAUGGACGACUGCAAGUCCCCGUCCUUUAUUUGUGGCUAAGCAUUUCUUUACUCAAAGUGUUGUGGACUUAUCCUGGAGUCCAGAUGGGUAUUCACUGUUUGCAUGUUCUUUGGAUGGGACAGUGGCUACUUUUCAUUUUGAGGUGAAAGAACUUGGUCACAGGCUAAGUGAUACCGAACUUGAUGAGCUAAAGAGAAGUCGUUAUGGCGAUGUUAGAGGUCGACAGGCAACCUUAGCCGAGAGUCCUGCACAAUUAUUGCUUGAAGCAGCUUCAGUUAAGCAAAGUGCAAGCAAAAGAACAGUUUCAGACGGUCAACAGAAGCAGAUACAGGCAAAAUCUUCUGUUGUUUUGGGUGUUACAACAAAAGCUUCUGAUCCCGAAGUUGAUAAUGGGAAGAAGGAUGUGGGAGGAGCUUCUAGCGAGGGAUUGAAUAAAUCAUCACCUUCUACUAGAAUUUCUAGUCCUGUGAAGCAAAGGGAAUACCGGCGUCCUGAUGGCAGAAAGAGGAUCAUUCCAGAAGCGGUCGGAGUACCUGUUCAGCCAGAAAAUAUUGAUGUUGGUGCUCAAUCUCUAGCACUUGAUAGCCCUUGUGCAACUUCUGAUCAGAGGAAGGAAGACAAUAGGAUGGUUCUUGCUGAUGGCAUGAGAGAAGCUUCUGUCAGGGAAACGGUUUCUAAAAGUUCUGAUUGGAAGGACCGUUCUGGGAUAACUGCCAAAGCUACCAUCACUGAGAGCCUUACAAUUGAAAAGGUAUCAGUUUCUGGCAGAGAUGGAAGCAUCAAUGUAGAGCAGGCUGGAAGUGUAAAGGCUUCUUCUAGUUCCUUGGCUGCUGGUUCACCACUUUCGAUAAGAGUAUUUGAUAAGAGAGAAGGGGUGGAUACAAUCCCAAUUAGUUUGGAAGCUCGUCCUAGGGAGCAUACUGUAAGUGACAUUUUUGGGGUGGGAAAUACGAGCAUUAUGAAAGAGACAGAAAUUUCUUGUUCCCGAGGGGAUCAAACCCUUUGGAGUGACAGGAUAUCAGGGAAAGUCACUGUUUUAGCUGGAAAUGCAAAUUUUUGGGCUGUUGGGUGCGAUGAUGGAUGUUUGCAGGUUUACACCAAGUGUGGGAGACGUGCCUUGCCAAGCAUGAUGUUGGGUUCUGCAGCUACCUUAAUUGACUGUGAUGAGUCAUGGAAGUUAUUAUUGGUUACAAGGAAGGGAUCCCUGUAUCUUUGGGAUCUAUUGAAUGGGACAUGUCUUCUUCACGACUCGUUGGCAUCUUUAAUUACUCUAGACCCAAACUCAUCUAGCAAAGGCACUAUCAAAGUUAUUGCUGCAAAGUUAUCGAAAUCUGGCGCUCCUCUUGUUGUUCUGGCCACACGCCACGCUUUCCUUUUUGAUACGAACCUCAUGUGUUGGCUGAGGGUUGCAGAUGACUGCUUCCCUGCGUCAAAUUUUUCUAGCUCCUGGAAUUUGGGCUCUAUUCAAAGUGGUGAGCUGGCUGCACUGCAGGUUGAUGUUAGAAAAUAUUUAGCCAGAAAGCCAGGUUGGAGCAGGGUGACUGAUGACGGAGUGCAGACACGUGCUCAUUUGGAGGCUCAAUUGGCUUCCGCUCUGGCUUUGGAGUCUCCUAAUGAAUAUCGACAGUGCCUUUUAUCAUAUAUCCGCUUCCUUGCGAGAGAAGCUGAUGAGUCUCGUCUAAGAGAAGUAUGUGAAAAUUUUCUUGGACCUCCAACUGGGAUGGCUGAAGCCACAUCUUCAGAUUUGAAAAAUCUUGCUUGGGAUCCAUGUGUGAUUGGAAUGAGAAAACAUAAGCUUCUAAGAGAAGAUAUUCUUCCAGCAAUGGCAUCAAAUCGGAAAGUCCAGCGUUUGCUCAACGAGUUUAUGGAUCUCCUGUCCGAAUAUGAUGGUUCUGAAACUAACCUGGACCAAAAGAAUCCUUCCCCACCACCACCAGCUCCAUUGCCAGCAGUGACAGAUCAAAUGGACACGACGACACCUCCUGGAGUGAAUCAAGUAGAUCAUUCCCCACCACCAGCAGAACCAAAGAACUCUGAAUUACCUGUUGCGGAUCAAUUGAACUCUGCCCCACCAGCUACAGCCCACGAGGACUCUGCCACCGGCACUCGUGAUCUCACUAAUUUUACUCCAACGUCCACUGAUAAUGAUGUACUUAUGGAGUCGACAGUGACGGCAAAGGCUGAUCUUGUCCUGGAAAAUACAGAUACUGAACCCUGACAUCUGCAGUUUCUCACCCUUCCGAGUUAGUGUGUGAUACAAUUGCGAAACCCCAAGUACAUGGAUUUUCUGACUUGAAGAAAAGGUACAUACUGUAAUUUUAAGGUUGAUUUUGCUGUGACAAGGCUCUUUCUGUUUGGAGUAUCACUUGACAUUUUUCUUUUGAAACAGCAUCUGGGGAUGUAUAACAAAGAAGCUUUUGAGUAGGCUCUAGAGAAUUUUGAAUUUCUUCAUAAUCAUAGCUUUCUUUAAUCAUCUCAUCUCCUGUACAUCCUUGGGUAAAUGUGAGUUAGGUGUCUUAUGUUUUAGGCUAUAGCUCUUCCUCUAGGCUUUGUUUUCAAUACCACCUUUGUUUUUAAAUAUUUAUGUUUUGUUUUGACGUGUA